GAAGGCCAGGAUUCAGAUGGUUCUGAUAAGAAGCGGCGGUCAAGGUUUUCUGGACAACAUGUUCAGAAAUCUAACCACAAAAAAGUUAAAAGAAAGUUAAAAAGAGAGUUCUCUGAGGAAUUUGAUCAUCCUGAGAGAAUCUUCCAAUCUAAAUUUGGGAACAAAUGGUAUACUUGGUCUUCUGGGGAAGGUCAUUCUUUCAAGAAUCCAGAAUCUGGAUUUGAGUGGCGAGAAAAAUCAGGCUGGACAAAUCAAAGAACGAGAGGGUGGGAGGGUGCUAGUGAUGCCGAGUCUGAUGAGGAUGAUGAGCCAUAUUCUGUAGGAUCAUGUUCUGAUAGAGAAAUCCUUGGUUUGCCUCAAACAGGCCCCUUAAAGAUUGAAGAUGUUAAGAACGCCUUCCGCAUAUCAGCUUUGAAGUGGCAUCCUGAUAAGCAUCAAGGUCCUUUGCAGGAGAUGGGCAGAGAAAUUUAA